UUUUUUAAUGAGUAAUAAUAAAUCACAAAGCAGUUUUUACUGUUUGCUGCACUUUUUUCUAAUCACUGUAUCUUUAAUUAAUGAAUUUAAUUGAGGGGGGGAUGAUGUCAAGGUCAAGUGUCAAAAAAUGACAUCUAACCUAACAAAAAAUCCGGUUUUAAAAUAAAAAAUGCAGCCAAAUCGCGGGGACGAAGGUGACCCAAGACACCGCCAAUCUUACAAAUUUAGUCCAGAAGAAGUGAGAGUUAUAAAAGAAUGUAAUCGGGAAAGUUUCUAUCAACGGUGUUUGCCCCUGGGUGCCAUUCUAGGCGUCUCCACAUAUUACGGCGUCAAGACAGGUUACCUUCGUGGUAAUCCCCGAUUUGGGGCAUUCCCCAAAGUCACAGUUUCGGUAAUCGUGGGAUACUUUCUCGGGAAAUUCUCAUAUCAGUCAAAAUGUGCGGAGAAACUCAUGCAACUACCAAACAGUCAAAUUGGUGAAAUGUUGAGGAGACGAAGACAGGGGACUUUCCAAGAGAGUCUAGAACCGGGUUUUGGGCCAGGGAUGUCUUUGGGGCCUUUUAGUGGGAUAUCAUCAAGUGAUACAUACACCGAUUUGGGGCCUGGUAGUCUCGAUCUUGACACUACUAGGCCACAAUAUGACGGAUUAGAUGACGCUCAAAGACCCUCAAUUGAUAACCCAAUUUAUGAAGAAGAAAUGCCCCCAGUUCAGAAACAUGUGACCACUUACGAUGAAUUAAGAAAGAAAAAUAGAGAAGAAUACCAAGAGAAACGAACUUUGAGUUAUAGGGAACCGGCAAAGAGCCCCCCUGUAUCAUCCCCAACACCCCCAGAUGUCUCAAAUAAAAAUAAAUACGGGGACGUGUGGGAGUAAUUAAGUAUUAAACUGUAACAAAGUGUUUAAUAAAACUGUAGUAACGUGAAAUAAU